CCUGUUAGUUUUGUUUUGUUUUUGUGGCGUUUUUAAAGACUGCAAAUUGCUGGAUUCACAGAAACAUCAGACCUUCAUCAGAACGUUUAACCUGCAGCAGCAACAGAACAACUGUGAUGGUGAAAUGGCGAGUAUGGCGACCACCACGAUGGUAGUAUCGCCGCUGGCUACGCAGUCCUCGCCAAAGAACAAACGACGCCUGUUCGCAGAGGCGCGGCAGAACAGUCUGCACAAGCUGAGCGUCAUAUUUGACCACUCGCAUAAGAAUGGCAAUGGUGGGGAGACGACAUGGUGUUUCAGCCAGGUGAAAGGCACGCUCGAGGACGACGUCACAGAGGCCGACCUCAUCUCCUGCGUGGAGUUCAACCACGAUGGCGAGCUGCUUGCCACUGGGGACAAGGGUGGCCGAGUCGUUAUAUUCCAGAGGGACCCAGCAUCAAAACAGUGCGUGCCCAAGAAGGGGGAGUACAACGUGUACUCAACAUUCCAGUCACACGAGCCAGAGUUCGACUACCUCAAGUCGCUGGAGAUCGAAGAGAAGAUCAACAAGAUCCGGUGGCUCAAGCGCAAGAAUCAGGCUCAUUUCCUGCUAUCCACUAACGACAAGACUAUUAAACUAUGGAAGGUAUCGGAGCGCGACAAGCGCGUGACGGGCUACAACACGCGCGAGGAGAGCGGGCGCGCGCGGGACCCUUCCCGCAUCACGCAGCUCCGCGUGCCCACGUGGCGCCCCGCCGAACCCAUGGUCGAGGCCUCCUCUCGGCGGAUAUUCGCGAACGCGCACACCUACCACAUAAACUCGAUCUCGCUCAACUCUGACCAGGAGACGUACCUGUCCGCGGACGACCUGCGCAUCAACCUGUGGCACCUGGAGAUCACGGACCAGAGCUUCAACAUUGUGGACAUCAAGCCUGCCAAUAUGGAGGAGCUUACAGAGGUGAUCACCGCGGCAGAGUUUCAUCCGACUGAAUGCAAUCUCUUUGUAUAUUCUAGUAGUAAGGGUACAAUAAGGCUGUGCGACAUGCGAGCUGCGGCGCUGUGCGACCGCCACGCCAAGCUCUUCGAGGAGCCGGAAGACCCACAUGCGCGUUCCUUCUUCUCAGAGAUCAUCUCCUCCAUCUCCGAUGUCAAGCUCAGCAACUCGGGACGAUAUAUGAUGUCAAGAGAUUAUUUAGGUUUAAAAGUAUGGGAUCUUAGAAUGGAAACAAAACCAGUAGAAACAUAUCCAGUGCACGAGUACUUGCGGUCGAAGCUGUGCUCGCUGUACGAGAAUGACUGCAUCUUCGACAAGUUCGAAUGCUGCUGGAGUGGAGAUGACCAGCGGCUCAUGACUGGCUCAUACAACGGUUUCUUUAGGGUGUUCGAGCGCGCGUGCGCCGGCGGCCGCCGCGGGGAGCUGACGCUGGAGGCGGCGCGCGACGCGGCCGCGCGGCCCCGCCAGCCCCUGCGCCCGCGCCGCGUCGCCACCACCGCCAAGAGGAAGAAGGACGAAAUCAGCGUAGACUGCCUGGACUUCAACAAAAAGAUCCUCCACACGGCGUGGCACCCGCACGAGAGCAUCAUCGCCGUCGCCGCCACCAACAACCUCUUCAUCUUCCAGGACAAGUUCUAGCCUUCGCCAACCCUGUCGGAACCUUCCAGGCACAUCUGAGGACCUUGACACGGGGUAAUACGGCUCAAAAUGCAACGGCCUUCGAGGUAUAUUCAACUGAGCCUGAAUGGGCAAGAUACCGGAAUAAGCCUUGAGUUUUGAGUUUUAUCACAAAGGUUUAGAGUUCAAAACGAGGAAGAUACAGUGCUUAAGAGCCUUGAAACUGAAUUCUUGGCGAAGGCCUUAGUUUUAGCCUUAUCACAAAUAGGAUUCUAAGUAAACCUGGUAUUUUUACGUCUUACGUGCGAGUUGAUAUGCCCUGGAGGCAAAUGUCUAAUCGAUUGAUUGCGUUUCCAUUGUUAUGGGUAGAUUUAAGAUUGUCAAACUUACAACUGUCAAUCUGUCAGAAUGUCUGUAAACAUAUAAACAUAAGUGAAAGGCUGGGCUGUCAUCUAUUUAUCGCUGGAACCUGUAGAGUGUACACUGAGCAUCAAAUAGAUAGUGACGGUCAAAGUGGCUAAAAUAUAAUUGUGACGUUUUCAAGCAAAAGGUACCACAUUGUCGCUUACUAUAAGGGCGAAAUUUGCUUGUAUCCUUAUACGAAUAACCUGUCACAGCGUCCUUAUGGCAAGCGACAAUGUGGUACCUUUUGCUUGGAAACGACACAACUAUCGAAACACAUCGUCAUUUCUAUGGUGUAUAUAUAUUUGGCUACUUUUGCCGUCACUAUCUAUUUGAGGCUGACUGUACUCGCAACCACCACCACUACGGCAUGCACUUCUAAUUGGUCAAAUACAGAGUUACUUUUCACUGCAGUCAACCACCAAUACGCCUGUACAUACUGUAAUCUUGUACCUCGUAAUAAUCCCCAUACAUUAAGUAUAAGGUUGGGGAAACAGAAAAAAUAUGGACAAUUUAAUCAAGGCCUGUUCUUCCUCUGUGUAACUCGAAACGUGAACUUAUUACGAUGUCGAUAAGGCAGGUACUGUUGGAAACUUACGGUAGAAAUCGCAGUGGUAGCUAUCAAUUCGUCAUCUUACAUUGGUCCCCUAGUUUUUACGACUAUCUCUCUCUUUCAGAUUGUGUGUGUCAAAAGACGAACUUAUCCCGUCAUUCAGGGGGUAACACAUUUAGUGCCGGGAACCCGCGGGUUCUCUGUUCGUAAUCGCUUUCCUCUACAAAGCGGGAAAACGCUGGGAUCGGCUACGAGCGUAGCGGUACGAAAACGUUGACAGUGAAUGUGUUAAAGUUGUGUUACAUUGAUAUACGAUAAAAUUAAAAGCCCCUAUUUAUAUGGUAGCAUUAUCUUGCCUAGCGUUGUGAUCAGAAGUGAGAUUGGGAUUAAAUAAUACUAAUACAAGCCCAACUAAAAAUACUUCUUCUAGAGAUAGAAGUAAUGUGCAAACUUUCAAAUGGAUUAUUGGACAUAACUCCUAUGAUAAGUCCAUAAAAAAAUAACCAGAUAUUUUCAUACAAAAGUGUAAACAUGAUUGCCACCUCUAAAACUAGUCACCGUUAUAGUCUGCUUCAAUGAAAUUGCGUUUUGACAGCUACCACUGCAGUAUUGUUAAAAUAUAUCUAGCACAUUGUAUAGUCGACAUUCGUUCUACUUGGCCCCUGUGUUUUCGCUCUUUUGUAAAGGGUUUAGCGUUUGACACAUUGCUUAUUGGCGAUCUAAAUGUUUUAUAAUAUAUAUAACAUAAGUAAUUAUUUUUGUCCAAAUGUAUUAGUUCUUGUCUUGAUGUGGUUUUAUCCCGAGGCAAAUGGCGUCGUUGAAAGACUAAAUUGGAUAUUAUACCAAUUGUCAACUAUACAAUGUUCUAAUAUCUAGUUAGAAUAUAAGUCCGUUAGUUAAACUCUGAUAUAAUUUAUACGCUUGUAAUAACUUAAGGUUCUAAGCGAUUAAUUAAGUAUUUAUUGUUUAAUGACACCAUAAGGUGAAUUACCUUAACCGAGUAAAAAUGAGAUUAGUUAGGAUUAUGAAAUAACGAUGCUUGCUAGCUUGAAAUGUAUGGAGACUGGCACCAAUUUACCAACGACCUCGUGUACACUUUAAAAAAGCUUAAACUACAAAGAACGGAUGUAUAACAUAUGACGCUAGUCGCGCAACAAGAAAAAAAUACACGUUUCUAAUUAGUACUGUGCGAAAGAGCAACGGCAGUUGUUGAGCAAUCGAUCAAAAAUUGAGGUUUAAAUGUCAAAACUAUAAAAACAUACUCCGGAAUUGAUCUCUGAAACAGUUUGUGUACAUUUCAAGUGGCUAUAAGUAAAUAGGAUCCGGUAUAGCAGUGCAUUCCUGCAUCAUGAUCACGUUAUGCCAUAAAAUAAUAAUAUACGAGGGGAGUUCGAUAAAAAGUGAGAAUGAGUAUGUUAUAAACAACUUUUUUUAAAUGUCAUUUUAAUUUUCGACAAAGUCACCUUUUAGCAUAAUACACUUAGUAUAUCUUUUUUCUAAACUUAAAAUUACAUUUUUAAAAAAGGUCUCAUCUUGAGUACUUAAAAAAUCUUGUACUGCAGCGACUACCGCGUCGUCGUCUUGAAAUUUCUGGCCUCUCGGGUAUUCUUUCGAUCUCGGAAAUAGAUAGAAAUCACUGGGGGCAAGAUCUGGUGAAUACAGAGGAUGCUUAAGGAUAUCGAAAUUAGCCGUGUCAUAGUGAUGUUGAAAUUUAAAUUAUUUCGUUUCCUUUUAAUCUAUUAUUUUAUUGUAUUUUAUAAACUGGCUUGUUAACAUUCUAGUAAUUUCUUACCGAUUGUGAUUAAGUGAAUUUCAUCUGUAAAAAAGUGUCAAAAUGAGCGGCUGGCGGACAAAGGCAAAUCUCCUGAAGGACCUUGGCGAGGUGAACGGGCGCCGGACAGGGAUUGAGGACGUACGAGUAGACCGACAUGUGGUGGCCGGGGAACGGCCUCCGCCUAUCUGCCAUGAGCAAUGAAAUGCCCAAUGAGGAUGAAAUGAGCUACUUUAGAAGCCACGGGACGUCCGGAGACGACGGCACGGGCCCCGACCUGGCCGGCUAAACGACUAUGCUGAAAAUGGUGACCGAUUUGCAUGAUACAAGAGAUAAUAACGAGCCAAUGACUCUAUUCCGAAAUAGAGCAACAGAUGAAAUAAGAAUAAGUAAGCUAAACCCUAACGCCGGAGAGUAUGUUCCAGGCAGUGGCUUUAACUAUAAUAGAUAUGUUCCAAAGUGUUCUCCAAAGAAAAAUAAUAAUUUUAAUGGAACUAGAACUAAUAGACCGGCUAAUGAAAACAUAGCUACAUCUCAAUCAAAUCUUAGCGAAACAAAUCAGAAUGGACUACCAACAUUUAAUAAUAUGUUUAAAAGUAAAAGUGCUAAAGGUUCACAAGAAGACAAAAUCGAUGCAACUACUUGCGAAACUAAAAAUGAAAUACCAACAUUUAAUAAUAUCAAUAUGUUUAAAAGUAAAAGUGUAAAGGAUGUACCAGAAUUUGCUGUGUCAGUUCUUUCUGGUCCACAAAGCAAUGAAACAGCUAAAGCAAACACAGAGAAAGUGCAACCUGUAUUAGAAACUAGCGGCCUUAGGGCGAUAUGAAGAGCGACGUCACAGGGCGACAUCAUGAGAACUCGUCGACAAUCCGACGUGAGUAAAGAAUUAAGGUAGGGCAAAGGGGCGCAAACGCGCUGUAAAAAUUUUGAUGUGACUACUGGCAAUAGACAACGAAUAAUUACUUACCUUAAGUUAAAUUAUGUAUAGUACCAGUAACCACUUUUUUUUAUAUUGGGGCACCACUGAGGCACCCGAAACUGAAAGCCAGCGGCGGCCUGCGCCGCCCCCCGCAGCCUGCCGCCCCGGGCCAUGGCCCCCUUGGCCCUAGGGUAAAUACGCCCCUGACUUAGCAUCACGAAUUGCGGCCAUUGCAACGGCGGACUUGUGUGCCGGGGCAUUGUCCUGGUGGAACAGCACAACUUUCGAGAGUUUACCUCGCCGUUUUUCGCGGAUCUCAUUGCGCAAUGUUGCCAUUUGUUUGGCAUAUGAAGUGCCCGUAAUAGUAGCUCCAUGCUCGUGAUACUCGAUCAUUACUACCCCUUUACCAUCCCAAAAAACAGAGCCCAUGACCUUACCGGCAGAUGGGCCCACCUUGAAUUUCUUCGGAGUUGGAGAUGAUGGCCUUUUCCAUGUCAUAGACUGCAGUUUCGUUUCAGGGUCGUAAUGAUGUAGCCAUGUUUCGUCCAUUGUUAUAAAUCGCGCCAAAAAAAGUUCCCGGUCUUGCUGUAUUAGGUCCAAAGCUAGUUUGUAUUUGCGUGUCAGUAAGCAUUCUUGGUACCCAACGCGCAGAUACCUUUUUCAUACCCAAGCGUUCAUGUAAAAUAAUAUUCACGCUCCCCGUUGAAAUCUUUACAUUUUCAGCAAUAAAACGAACCGUGACACGACGAUCCGCUUUAACUAAGUUUUCGACUUUUUUCACAAUUUCUUCAGUUACUGCUGUAGUAGGGCGUCCGGAGCGGAGGUCGUCCAUGGUCGAUGUUCUUCCACGUCUAAAUUCGGCGCACCAACGUGCGACUGUCGAAUACGGAGGAGCAUUAGACCUUAAUGUGUCCCGCAAAUCUAACUUGACUUGGUCCGUAGAAAAAAAAUUCAAACAAGUAUUUGAAAACGGCGCGCAGUUCAAUUUUCUCCAUUUUCGCUAACGUACUCAAUAGCAAUGCAAAGAAAUGACCGUAAUUUUUUUUAAACAAAAGACAGUUCGUUUUUUUUUUCUAGCAACCAACUAGAUAGAUUAGCUUUACCGGCCAGUAUUUAAUUUUCUAAUAUUGAAAGAGUUUGCAUCUCAUUCUCACUUAAUAUUGAACGCCGCUCGUAAUUGUACAAGCAAAUGCCUCUUCUGUCCGAUACAAUUUAGUUUCAUAAAAUGGUUUUAGGCAUUGCUAUGUCGAAUUAAACUUAGAAAAUAUCAGCUAUUGACGAAUUUCUUUAAUUUGUAAAAAAUACACAGUUAUGGCUUCCAUUUUAAAAUAUCACAGUUAUUAUGGUGUUGCAAAUUACAAGUGUCAUUUUCAGACAAAAUACGGUACCUCAUAGAAAUUCAACAAGAAUUCGACUAACAAACUAUUUGGUACCAGCAGUUUUGCCUUGGAAUGUCACUACACUAAACUUAAACCAAAAUGCAUUGUUAUUACACUGCAUCUUUAAAUGUGACAUGUUAGCCUAAAAACUCAAUUAAUUUGCUACACAGUUACAAAAAUGCAAUGUUGCAAUAGCAGUCAUACCUCUAUAUCUAUGAUUUAAUUUCAAAAUAGACUUAUGUAGGAAUUAAAUGUAACACUACAAGACUUAUAUUGACCGGGAUAUAGACCGUGAUUACCUUUUGUAUCGGGAGCUCACAAAUAAUACAAAAGUUAAUCACGGUUUAUAUCCCGGUCAAUAUAAGUCUAGUGAAACUAACCGUGAAUCAUUCAAAACUGUAACACUACAAAUUUAAAUUUGCUGGUAAUAUGUCCAAACUCCACAAUAAAUACUUAAUAUGAUACUUUCCAAAUUUGACUAACAGCAAAAUAAAUUUGUUAGGCCCACCUGCACCAUCCCACUAACGCAGUGUUAACCGUUAACCCAGUGUCAAAUUGUACUGGUAACCAUGGUAACUCCCAAGUUUAACCGGUUAACCCCGGGAUAGUGGAAUGGUGCAAGUGGCGCUUAGUGAUAUUACCUACGUAUACGUAACACUUUUGUUUACAUGGACCCCGUCUCCCUUUAGGCUCGUGCCUAAGGGUGCGUACAGUUUUUGUUAAUCGUUUUUUUAUUUAUUAUUGUACUAUUUAAAAUAUUUGUGAUCGUUUUUUUACUUAUGAUGUCGCUUAGGCAUAGGUGGCGAGGCGUUCGGUGACCGCGAGAUGUGAUAGCGUUAUUCAUAUCUUAAGAAUUCGUAAGUUGCUAUAAACGCAACUUUUUAAUUUCGUAGUGAGAAAGCUAUUAAAUGUUUUUCGAUAAACAAGUGUCCAAGUAUGCCCGUGCCCCAUUACUGGGUCUCAUUGUUUUUGCAAAAUGGAAUUUCCCUGAAAUGUUUUUGUCUCUGGAAAAAAAAGGUACCACUUUGUCGGUUGUGAAAAAUAUUAACGGUUGACUACGUGGUACCGUUUCUUGAACAAGAUGCAAGGGAAAGCUUAAAUAAAACAUUUCCUAGAAUGUAAAUAUAGCGAACGAAUGGAGGCCUGAAUAAUAUAAAUAUAGUAUAUUUUGUCACAAUGUAUGUUAAUGUACAGAGUUAUAUAUAUUUGUACUUAAAUUGUGUAAAGCUUCUGUGAAAUUAUGUUGGAAAAAGUAUUUGUGAUGAAUUUGAUUUUUGUAAAAUAUUUUCUAGGCACCUCUGAGGCCUGUGAUCCAUGUUUAGACUUCUGUAUAAAGCGUUUGCUUAAGCCCUAUCUCAAUUUCAGGCACUUCCAUAGGUUGGGAUCGUUAUAAAAAUCUCCAUUUUUUAUGUUGAUCGAUUGUAUAGGAUGUGUUAAGUUUUAGUUUAUUUUCUUAUGUAAGGGGCGCAGUCAAUUCCUACAAAAAAACUAGUUUUAGUCUCACAACGCUGUUCGCUACAUAGCCAUGGCUCGAUAGAUGUAAGUUAAAAAAAAAAACGAUUUGUGAUAAUUCAAAAAAAGCUAACUGCAGCUAUGUUUAGACAUCGCUUGACAGUACAGGAAUUGACUCAGUCCCGAAAUAUCAAUGUAAUAUACUGUGAGUUUGUAGCGUACAAGCAAAGACAUGUAUAGUUGUGCGAGUGUGCGAGCGAGAGGCGACGAGUGACUGAGAUAGUUUAAGUCUAGUUAAUAGUUAGGCAAAAACUGUGAGAACGCAGACAGAGAAAUCAGUUUUUUUUUUGCAUCGAGGGAUCAACGGAGGGCUUAUAAAAUGUGAUAAAAUCGCAGUUGAGCGGUGUUAGGUAGGGAGACCUCGAGUGCGGUCUUGGACAACGAAUUGGAAGCCACUGGACCCGCGCCUCGCCUGCCCGGCCAAUGUUUGUGACACUAACCAACAUUUGGACUAAUGUUUUCUUUGAAUGCUAUGAAAGGACCUGCUACUUGAAAAUGUGACUCAUAUUGGUAUCGAACGCAAACAUAAAUAAAAUGGAAGCUUUGAAAGGGCUCAAAUCUGAACCAACGAGUUACUGAUGUUUGCGGUAACGUGACCAUGUUGAAACCAGGGAAGGAACCGGUUUUUCGCAUAAAUAUUAUUAUAUUUCGAAUUAUUUUAUACUCAAACUGUAGGACUCAGUUGUGUUUUUAUUAGGUAACGACUUCAUAUUAUUAGAUUGCCCAAUUAGAAAUUAAAUAAUUAACAAAGAACGAAAAAAUACCGUUUUCGUUUCCAUACAAAAAUUACCGCUAUCCGAUCCCUGGUUGAAACGCAUUCCAAAAUUGCAGCGUAUUUAAUGUGACGAUCAAAGAAUUGAUUUGAAAAGUUCUACAGAACUUGCAACUUCGGUACGUGGUCACAAGCAUUUGGUCUACGCAGAGCUAAACUUUCAAAUUAAAACCAGUGAACUGGCAAUAUGUACACGUUUUUGUGAAUUUUAUAUGCUUGUCACUUUAUUAUACACCGUUAUCUGUCUAUGUUGUGCCCAAGAGCUUUACAAUGCAAUAAUGUUGAAUGUAGGAAAAGCUUCAGUGCGUCUAUUGGUAUGAUAUCCUCAAAACUGUUUAAGCCUUUUUAAGGUCAGGCAAUAUAUUUCCCACGUGAUUUUGAACUUUGUUUCAAACUGAUAGGACUCAAUUUUGCAUAAUUUCUGCCAACCUUAUGCUUAAAAUAAUGACUUGUCUUAGUCCCAUUUAUAUUUGUAUAGCAUCGUUCAUAACCAUUUAAUUGACCCCACUAUGAGAGGAUUAUCAAAGCGCAAUACAUUAUAUUAUAUACUGAAAUCUAAACAACAAGUCUGAAAUAACAAGUCGCCAUAUACAAAAAUAAUGAAGAACACAAUCAUUUAUAUUUGGUAUUUAUAUUAUUAUUGUAUUUAUAUAUUAUUUUAUACUUGUCUGUAUAACUUUCUUUAUUGCCAACAGUCUGCCAUAGUCGACAAAGGUUGCAUGGCGGCCAAAAGGUUUAGGUACGUACAUAUUUGUCGAAUGCUACGAAAUACAUGCGAGUUCGUGAUGCUUUCGCGAAAGGCGUUCGCCAAAUUUGGACGCACCUUUUCCCUUUACCAGGCAGGUGUGUCAGAAAUUAUUCAUAACUUACUUUGCAAUAAAGUUAAAAUCAUGGUGGGAAAUAUAUUCCCUCUUAUAAAGGGUUAAAAACAUGAUUUGCCAAGUGUAUUGCCAAUAAACGUACUGAUGGAUUGAAGGACUGUCAGUAUGUGCCAUGAGCGGGGCGCGGCGUUCCCACGGGAAGUGUUGUUGAAUCCAAAAUAUUUCCUAUAAUAUAAAUUUUUAUAUCUGA